ACUGCUCAGUCUGGGGAAAGAUCUAUGAGAGAGGAAGCCUGCUCAUUGUAGACAGCAUAACUGGCCCAGUCGUUCUCCAGUCUCCGAGUCUGGAACGUGUCACCGAAGGUCACACGGCUGAGUUACAGUGCACCAUGAGGAACGCCACAGUGACACACACCGAUGUUCAUUGGUGCAGACUGUCCCCAGAACAAAUUAUGGAGCAGGUUUUAACACAUCCAGGAAAUGGGUCCACACAAUGGAGUCCAGGGUUCACUGAGCGAUUCCAGCCUUUCAGAGACUCCUCCAUUAAUAGCUUAAUUCUGAUCAUCACAAACGUCCAGCCCAGUGACACUGGGGUCUAUUACUGCUCAGUCUGGGGAAAGAUCUUUGGGAGAGGAAGCCUGCUCAUUGUCGACAGCAUCACUGGUCCAGUCCUUCUUCAGUCUCCCAGCCUGGAACGUGUCACUGAGGGUCACACUGCCCGGUUACAGUGCACCAUGAGGAACUCCGCAGUGACACACACCAAUGUUCACUGGUACCGACUGUCCCCAAAGCAAAUUAUGGAGCGGGUUUUAACACAUCCAGGAAAUGGCUCCAUACAAUGGACCCCAGGAUUCAUGCAGCGAUUCCAGCCUUCCAGAGACUCCUCCAGUAACAGCUUCACUCUGACUAUCACAAACGUGCAGCCCAGUGACACUGGGGUAUAUUACUGCUCAGUAUUAGAAAACAUCUAUGGGACAGGAAGCCAGCUCAAUAUCACUGAUGUAAAUGUCCCAGUCCUUCACCAGUCUCCGAGCCUGGAACGUGUCACCGAGGCUCACACUGCCCGGUUACAGUGCACCAUGAGGAAUGCUUCAGUGACACACACCAAUGUUCACUGGGACCGUGAGAAACCAGGGAAUAAGAUGGAGUGGGUUUUAACACAUGACAUGAGGAACAUCACACAAUGGAGCCCAGGAUUCACUGAGCGAUUCCAGUCUUCCAGAGAACCCUCCAAUAACAGCUUCAUUCUGACCAUCACGAACACGCAGCCCAAUGACACUGGGGUCUAUUAUUGUAAAGCGUGGGGAGACAUCAGUGGGAAUGGAACCCAGCUGAAUGUAACAGACCCAUUGGCUGAUCCAGUCCUCAUUCAGGAUCCAGUGGUCAGCAAGGUGGCAGAGGGUGAAACUGUCGAGUUUGAGUGUGCCAUGAACAAUGCCAGUGUGACUGACACUGAUGUCCACUGGCACUACCAGCGACCUGGCAGCAACAGGGAGUGGGUGAUAAGCCACUUUGUGAAUGGCACCCUCACCAAGGCCCAGGGUUUCCCCGAUCAUGUUCAGCUUUCCAGGAAUGUCAGCAGGAACAGUUACAUUCUGAGCCUUGUCAAUGUGACUCUCAAUGAUACUGCUGUGUACAGCUGCAGUGUGUGGAGCUACAUCUAUGGAGCAGGGAGCCAGCUUAUUGUAACUGAAGAGUCUUCUCAUGGUAUUCCCUGGACUUCAGAUUCCAUUUUAAUCAUUGGCACUAUUCUGGGCUUCACUGUCUUGAUCUGCAUUGUCCUGCUCACAUUUUUCCUUUGGAAACAAAAGCUGUGUUCAUCAGUAAAGGACUCCUCACAAGGGAGCCCUGUUGAAGACCAGAACAUUGUGUAUACAACAGUAAAUGAUCGAACACGGAGCAGUGAGCGAGCAGCAGUUCCUCCUGUUGUGCAUGCUGAAGGGGAAUGUCAUUAUGCUGAGGUUCACUUUCAUCGACAAGGAAGCAGCCAGCCGACAGUGACAGCUGCUGAAAGGAGCUCGGAAUACGCAGUUAUAAAACGGGCAAGAAACUGAAGUUCAACAGGACCCUUUCACUCUGCAGCAAGGAGCAGCCAAGAACAGUUCACUCGAACAGACUCAUCUCAGCUUCAACUUCACAUUCACCCAGAUUCAGGCUGCCUCACCAACAAAUGUCCCAUGUCCAUAUAUUCCCAGACCCUGAGAUUACUAGGCACUCAGACCCUCCUAGACCCUGAAAUUACUGUGCACUCUGAUCCUCUCAGACCUUGAUAGAACCUGGAACAGUACAGCACAUGAAUGGGUCCUUUGGCCCACGAUGUUGUGCUGAACAUAAUGCCAAAUGAAACUAAUCCCUUCUGCCUGCCUGUGGUGCAUAUUCCUCCAAUCCUUGAACAUUCAUGUGGCUUGUUUGAAAAUUCCUUAAACACCCCGAUUGUAUCUGGUUCCACUGCCAUCCCUGGCAGUGCAUUCCAGACUCCUCCACUCUCUGUGUAAAACCCUUGGCCCUUAAAUCUACUGUGAAUGUCCCCUCUCUCACCUUAAAUGCGUAUCUCAUAGUAUUAGACAUUUCAACUCUGGGAAAAGGACUGUCAAUCCAAUCCAUACAUCUCAUUAUCUUAUGGACAUCUAUCAAGCUUCUCCUCAGCUUCUGUUGCCCCAGAGAAAGCAACCUGAGUUUUUUCUAACCUCUCCUUAUGGCUCAUACCCUCUAAUCCAGGCAGCAUCUUGGUAAACCUCUUCUGCACUCUCUCCAAAGCCAUCAUAUCCUUCCUGUCAUGUGGUAAUCAGAGUUGAUUACGAUACUCUAAAUGUGGCCUAACCAAAGUCUGAUAAAGCUGCAACCUGACUAUUGUACUCAAUUCCCUGAUCAAUAAAUGCAAGCAUGCAUGUGCCUUCUUUACAACACUAUCCAUUUGCAAGACCACUUUCAGGGAGGUGUGGACUUGAACCCCAAGUCUCUCGCGACAACAAUGCAUUUUAAGGUCCUGCCAUUAACUGUAUACAUUUCCUUAACAUUUGAUCUCCAAAAGCGCAGCACCCCACACUUACUCGAAUUAAACUCCAUUUGCCAUUUCUCAACCCAUAUCUGCAACUGAUCUAUAUCCUGCUGUAUCUUUUGCCAACCUCUACACCAUCUUUGGAUCACCUGCAAGCUUCUCACCCACCCAUCUACAUU